AACUCUUCGUUGCGGCUUAUAUUGCUGCUGGCCAUCAGCGAUUUUCUACACGCCCUAACGAACCUCUUCACAUGGAUCUUGAUCCUUACUUCGUGAUGUUCUCCAGUAUACCUCUGGUUAUACAAAUGAAAGUCAAUCUAACAUUAACUAUUGCAAUUGCAUUCGAACGCAAUCUGGCUCUAUUCUCACCAUUUCUUUAUCGCAAGCUGCUCUCUAUUUAUUUCGCAACAUUUUCGCUAUUUCUGGGAUUCCUAUUCGCUGCUUGUGAUCUCAUGCUUGAAUUUGCUAGCUCACCUAUUGUCAGAGUUCCCAACUGCCCUGCGUUAGGAUGCUUCUUGCAAGAUGAUUUUCGUUUUUACUGGGGAACGAGUAGCAUGUUCAUGGGAAGUUGCAUUAUUAUACUGACAACAACGAUUCUUGUAAAACUACGCCGCGUUGAAAAACGGUUAAGGGUUGCAAGAAUAUUUCUCGGUAAAGAGUCAAGAACGUGCAACAGCUUGGCCUACCUUUCGCUGAACAGUGAGAUGCGAGAGUUUGCCAAACGUUUGAGAAGAGAAGUUGAGCUGCGAUUGCGUGGAGCCAGGAUCUCAACUGUUAACUUUGCUUUAAAGUAGUG